AGACACAAAGGUUCUCCAAGUCCCCACCAGAGUAGCUAGAUACAGAGUGUCGAUUGGUACAUUCACAAAGCCUGAGCUAGACACAGGGUGCUGAUUGGUGUGUUUACAAACUUUGAGCUAGAUACAGAGUGCCCAUUGGUGUAUUUACAAUCCCCUAGCUAGACAUAAUGGUUCUCCAAGUCCCCACCAGAGUCAGGAGCCCAGCUGGCUUCGCCCAGUGGAUCCUGCACUAGGCCGCAGGUGGAGCUGCCUGCCAGUCCCACCGUGUGCCUGCACUCCUCAGCCCUUGGGUGGUCAGUGGGACUGUGCGCCGUGGAGCAGGUAGCAGCGCUCGUGGGGGAGGCUCGGGCCGCACAGGAGCCCACAGAGGAGGGGGAGGCUCAAGCAUGGAGGGCUGCAGGUCCCAAGCCCUGCCCCUUGGGGAGGCAGCUAAGGCCCUGCGAGAAAUUGAGCACAGCAGCUGCUGGCCCAGGUGCUAAGCCCCUCACUGCCCGGGGCUUGCGGGCCAGCCGGCAGCUCUGAGUGCGGGUCCCCUGAGCCCACGCCCACCCGGAACUCGUGCUGGCCUGUAAGCAUAGUGCACAGCCCUGAUUCCUGCCCGAGCCUCUCCCUCCACACCUCCCUGCAAGCUGAGGGAGCUGGCUCCGGCUUUGGGCAGCCCAGAAAGGGACUCCCACAUUGCAGUGGGGGGCUGAAGGGCUCCUCAAGCGCGGCCAGAGUGGCCGCCAAGGCCGAGGAGGCGCCGAGAGUGAGCGAGGGCUGCAAGAGCUGCCAGCAUGUUGUCACCUCUCAAUAUGUUAUCAUAUUUGGUACAUAUUUAUACUAAAAAAGUAUUGUUUAUAAGAAAUUCAAAUUUUACUGGUGUCUUGUAUUACAUCUGGCAAUCCUGUCUUCACACUGUUUCAAUAUUGGGAAUAUUGCAUAUAGUUAGGAUUUUGUGUGUGAUACGGCAAGAGUUAUAAACUCAUGGGUGUUCCCAGCCUUAACUCUUUGCCUGCCAUCUAAAGAAGAUUUUGAAUUUGCCAUUUCAGUUAUUCCCUCCCCCUACAGUCUGAAGAGGGUUCUAGGUUGCUAGGUUUCCAUGUUUUGUGGGCAUUGUGAUGCAGAGUCAAAAGAACUGUGAAACAGGAGUAAGUGGAGAGGUAGAGGGCAGAAGAAAAGGGGUCAAGAAGGCAGGACCCCGUGAAGCACACCUUUCCUAAGGAUUUUGACGAAUGAGAAUGAAGAUAAACUGGUGCAUCUGACAAGCCUUAGAUGACCUCCAGCAACUUCAGUUCUCACCGAAUUACUGCAUUUCAGCCUUACUGAGAAGCAGCCAGUCAUACUAUCCUCAAAUUUUAACCCAGGAUGAGUUCUCCUACUAAAGAAGGAAGUGAUACAGCUGGAAAUGCUCACAAAAAUUCUGAAAAUGAGCCUUCUAAUGACUGUAGUACCGACAUAGAGUCUCCAUCUGCUGAUCCCAAUAUGAUCUAUCAGGUAGAAACCAACCCAUUAAACAGGGAGCCAGGCACAGCAACCUCCCAGGAAGAUGUUGUUCCUCAAGCAGCAGAAAACAGUGAGCUCGAAACAGAGAUCCAAAAAGAUCAACGAGAAGAAGAUCUAAAAGAAGAGCCUCUUCUACUUCAGAUCCCCAUUCCCAGAAAAUUGGUCUCUCACAAGCCCUUAAAUGAUAGAUCAAGAUCCCACUCAGGGAAAGUUGAGAUGAAAGCAAACAAUUUCCCCAUAAAUCACAAAACUCGUUUUCGACUUUCAACUUCAUGGAGAGUCCCAUUUAUUAACAAUCAUGAGAUAAGAAGUAUGAUUCUCCAUCUGCUAUGUGAUAGAUAUUUCUCUCAGGCUGCAGGGUGUCAGAAUACCAUGUGGGUAAAGCGAAAAUAUAUAGCAUGUCUUAACCAUCCAAAUAGUUUCACCCAUCACGAGAGAGCCAUAACAUUUAGAAGGCCUUCGAAGGUGCACUACUACCGUCCCCUCACUGAGAGAAUGACAUCAGGAAAAUUUUGCAAAUCAACUGACACUAAAGGGAAAUGUAGAUUCCGUGCUAUUGUGAGGUCUGUGCUCUUUGUGUCACAGAUGCAAAUUGAAAGUAUUUUUAAUAUAAAAGGUUUUGUGGAUAUAUUGAGAUAUAUCCAUACCAUGAAUGUUAUGAUCAUAAACACCAAUAAUGGUUGGAAAUACUUUUGUCCCAUCUGUGGAAGGCUUUUUAACACUUACUCUGAAUUAAGACAACAUUCAUGCAGCUCUUCUGGAAAUUAAGUUAAGUUGGGGUACAUUCAUUUUAAAAUAUAACUUCUAAAAUUCAUAAUUUGAUUACUAAAGUAAGACAAAAUUGCAUGAACAUAAAUUUUAGUAUUAUUAGAGGGAGUAGCAGAAAGGAACACAAACUAAUAGUACCUCUCAGUAAGAAAUACCUAUGGGGAGUGAGGAAACAUCUGUUUAUACUUUGCUUUUACAAGUACAUCACUGAAAUAUCAGACCUGUCAUCUACAUUGAGUCAGCAUUUGAACCAAGUAAAUGUUUUCACUGUCUUAACAUCUAUUUCUGUAGAUGUAAAUAUUGUUAACAUAGAAGAAUCCAAGUUAACAGGAUCCUGAGUAAGAUAGCAAACAUAUAUUGGAAGGCCAGACAAAGUUCUACCAAGUGUUUCCAGAGAUUCUGCUACAUGUAUUAUCUGAAAUGUUCUCCAUAUAUUCAAUAAAAACCAAUUUGAAGACAUAGAAA